AUGGUUGGAAUGGCAGCAGCAACAGCAUCCUCCCAAUUGAUUUUGUCAAAGCCUUGUUUCCCCUCACGUCUAUGCCCCUUCCAACUAUGUGUCUUUAACACAAAAUCAGUGCUAUCGAGUUCAAGUAGCAGGAGAAGGCAUGUGGGUGCGUCUGGAGUCAGGUGCAUGGCUGUGGGGGAAGCAACGACUGAAACGAAGAAAAGAAGUGGAUACGAGCUUCAAACCCUGACUAGCUGGUUGCUGAAGCAAGAGCAAGCUGGUGUGAUUGAUGCAGAACUCACUAUCGUGUUGUCUAGCAUUUCCAUGGCAUGCAAACAGAUUGCUUCUUUGGUGCAAAGAGCUAACAUUUCCAACCUCACUGGCGUUCAAGGAGCUGUAAAUGUUCAAGGGGAAGACCAGAAAAAGCUUGAUGUUGUUUCAAAUGAGGUUUUCUCAAACUGCUUGAGGUCAAGUGGCAGGACCGGAAUAAUAGCGUCAGAGGAAGAGGAUGUGCCAGUGGCAGUAGAAGAGAGUUAUUCUGGCAACUACAUUGUAGUGUUUGACCCACUUGAUGGGUCAUCCAAUAUUGAUGCUGCAGUGUCAACUGGGUCCAUUUUUGGAAUAUACAGCCCCAAUGACGAGUGUCUUGCUGACAUUGGUGAUGACCCCACGCUUGGCACAACAGAACAAAGGUGUGUCGUGAACGUGUGCCAACCCGGAAGCAACCUUCUUGCAGCUGGUUACUGCAUGUAUUCUAGCUCAAUCAUCUUUGUUCUCACACUUGGAAAAGGAGUGUUUGUGUUUACACUGGACCCUAUGUAUGGCGAAUUCGUUUUGACUCAGGAAAACCUCCAGAUACCAAGAGCCGGCAAGAUUUAUGCUUUCAAUGAAGGGAAUUAUCAGUUGUGGGAUGACAACUUAAAGAAAUAUAUUGAUGAUCUCAAGGACCCAGGUCCUACUGGGAAGCCUUAUUCUGCAAGGUACAUUGGUAGCUUGGUAGGAGACUUCCACAGAACACUACUAUAUGGUGGCAUUUAUGGAUACCCCAGAGACAAGAAAAGCAAAAAUGGGAAGCUCAGACUCCUAUAUGAAUGUGCUCCUAUGAGCUUCAUUGUAGAACAGGCUGGUGGAAAAGGUUCAGAUGGCCAUCAGAGAAUACUGGACAUUCAACCAGUGGAGAUUCAUCAACGCGUGCCACUAUACAUUGGGAGCGUAGAAGAGGUAGAGAAGGUGGAAAAGUACUUGGCUUAA